CCAUGCCGCUUGGGCUCGCCUGCAUCAAAUGGAUCAAAGAUGAGAGUCUGGAGUGAAUAUCUACCUUCGUCAUUUCACAAAAAACAAACUCAAUUAUCACACGUACAGGUCAGUCGCUCUCAAAAGUCAGAGCUCUUUUGAGGGAUGAUGCAUGUGUUUGUUUGCCAUCGACAACAGUGCCAUUGAAGCGAAAAAAGUCAUCUAAGUGAGAUAAGGGCGUUCGCCGGAACUAGGGGUACCUCGAAGAAGGCCAGUCUUUCGGAUCUGAACUUGUGAAAUGAAUGAUACGAUUGCGUUUCUCUGCGACGUGUAGUGUAUGUCAGCAAGAAUCGGAAAAUAGAAAGGCCAAAACAUAGGCCUCCCAACCAGGAAGUGCUAAAACCCGUGACAGGUGUUGCCAGGCAUCAUCGUAACCUUCAACAUGGCCUACGCUUGGCAAUCCACGGCAUAUAGCCGCAGUGGGGUGGAUGAUAUGACGUUACUAUCCGAGAUCAAAGACUCUGCCAUUGUGGAAAAUCUGAAGAAACGGUUCUUGAAUGACUGGAUUUUCACUUAUAUUGGACCAGUGCUGAUUUCGGUGAAUCCUUUCAAACCAAUGAAAUAUUUCACACAUAAAGAAAUUGACUUGUACCAAGGAGCGGCCCAGUAUGAAAAUCCUCCUCAUGUUUAUGCCUUGGCUGACACAAUGUAUAGAAACAUGACGAUUGAUAAUGAAAAUCAAUGUGUUAUCAUCAGUGGAGAAUCGGGUGCUGGGAAAACUUUCGUGGCGAAAUACAUCAUGAGCUACCUCUCUCAAGUGUCAGGCGGUGGUCAAACGGCUCAACAGGUGAAAGAUGUGAUUUUGCAAUCCAAUCCCCUCUUGGAGGCCUUUGGGAAUGCCAAGACUGUGCGGAACAACAACUCGUCCAGAUUUGGAAAAUAUGUCGAGAUCUUAUUUGAUAGUGGACAACCGGUGGGCGGAAAGAUCUCCAACUUCUUAUUGGAAAAGUCCCGGGUUGUGACGCAAAAUCCCAAUGAACGAGGGUUCCACAUCUUCUACCAAUUUUGUCGAGGGAUGCCAUCCGAGAUGAGGGAGGAUUUUGGACUCACGGAUCCAGAUUAUUUCAACUACCUAAAUCUUCAUCAAUGCUAUGAGGUGGAUGGAACCGAUGAUGUGGCAGAUUAUGCGGAAACCAUUACGGCUAUGACUACUAUUGGUUUGAUUGAGGAAGAACAAGGCAAUAUCGUCCAAAUUGUGGCGGCCAUUCUUCAUCUGGGCAACAUCAUAUUUACAGAAGAAGGCAACGAUAAGGCCAUUGUAGAAAACCAGGAGUGGCUUGCAUUUCCGGCCUUUCUUUUACAAGUGGAGAAGGCGCAACUGGAAAAGAAGCUAAUAUCUCGUGUGAUGGAGACCAGAUGGGGUUCGAAAACCGAGCGCUUGGACGUCACAUCGAAUGUGCAACAAGCCGAAACCACACGAGAUGCUCUCGCCAAAGGCCUCUAUGCCAGGCUCUUUGAUUAUCUAGUGAAAAAAACCAACGAGGCCAUGAAAAUGAAGACAAAGAGCAAUGGAGUGUUGAACCUUGGCAUCUUGGACAUUUAUGGUUUCGAGAUAUUCCAAAAGAAUGGCUUCGAGCAGUUUUGCAUCAAUUUCGUGAACGAGAAACUUCAGCAGAUCUUCAUUGAACUCACUCUCAAGGCUGAACAGGAGGAGUACGUCCAAGAAGGCAUUCAAUGGACUCCCAUUGAGUAUUUCAACAAUGCCAUCGUUUGUCAAUUGAUCGAGGAGAAACGUCCUCCGGGUGUGAUGGCUGUCCUCGAUGACGUGUGCAGCUCCCAACAUGGCGUCAAUGAGGGGGCGGAUACCAACCUCAAGUCCAAACUCAUGGAGAACUGCCGAAAAAACCAACACUUUCAGGAUAAUGCCCAAGGCUUUGCCAUUCACCAUUACGCAGGAGUGGUAAGUUACAACGUGGAAGGAUUCUGCGAAAGAAACAAGGAUGUAUUCAAUGUGGACCUGAUCGAAUUGAUGCAAAGCUCGAGAUGCCUUUUUAUCAAGAACCUGUUCCCCGAUGUGGUCGAUCGAUCCUCGAAAAAGCGCCCCAUAACUGCAGGGGCCAAAAUUAAGUCGCAAGCCAACGAUUUGGUGAAGUCUCUUAUGCUCUGCACACCUCAUUACAUUCGAUGUAUCAAGCCCAACGAGACCAAAAAGCCCCUAGAUUGGGAAGGUGUGCGGGUAGCUCAUCAAGUGGAGUAUCUCGGUUUAAAAGAAAACAUUCGUGUGCGAAGGGCUGGAUUCGCUUAUCGUCGACCAUUUGAGAAGUUUCUGCACAGAUAUGCCAUCCUCACGAAAGAUACGUGGAACAAGUGGAGUGGAUCUCCACAAAAUGGAGUGCUCCAUAUUAUGAAAUCCGCCAAGAUCCGCCAAGAUGAAUUCCAAAUGGGUCAAACCAAAGUCUUUGUUAAGGCACCCGAAUCGUUAUUCUUGCUGGAAGAGAGCCGGGAAAAGCAGUUUGACCAUUUCGCUCGGAUUAUUCAAAAGGCCUUUCAACGUUACUUUAAUCGACAAAAGUUCUUCCGAGAAAAGGAGCAAGCAGCAGAAUUCUCUUAUAAGAAGAAGCAGAGACGAGCUCACUCCCUGAAUCGAAAUUUCUUUGCCGACUACAUUGGCCUGGAAGACAAACCUAGUCUGAAGUCAUUGGUUGGGAAACGUGAAAAAGUGGAAUUCGCUCAGACUGUCAACCGAUAUGACAAGAAAUUGAAGGGCAUUAAAACGGCCAAAAGAGAUCUCAUCCUUAAUGGACGUGGGAUCUUUCUCGUUGGACGCGAAUUGGAAAAGAAAGGCCCCAACAAAGGUCAAGAAGUGGAAACAGUUAGUCGGAUGAUAGCCUUCGACCAACUGAGUCAUGUGUCCUUGUCCACUAGACAAGACGACUUUGUGAUCCUGCACGUUGUUAACAGCUACGACUCGGUUUUACAAAUCCCCUUCAAAACCGAAUUCAUCUCCGUAUUGAGGCGUGUGGUUCAAAAUCGGGUUCAACGAGAUGUGCGAGUGGUUUUCGCUGAUCGCGUGGAAUUUACGUCCGAUAAAUCUCGGAUUGGUUCGGGGAAGAAGCGUUUGAUCUUCUUCGAGAACGGAUCUUCCAACCAAGAACAAGUGAGUGCACCUGGUUUACUGAAAGGUGAACUUCGAGUGGCUGUAAAGGAUGGUCUUCCAAACACAUCCAAACCGAUUCAAGCGGUCAUCAGACUCCGAGCUCAAGUCAGAGUCGCCCCGAAAAUGGGUCUUCAGAGUCUGGUUACUCCCCCAACUGGGCAACAACCAACCAAUCCAAGGAGAGUAACUCCAUCACAACAGUCUCAAGUGAUUAGAGAUGCUCCAGUGGUCCCACCUCCGUCCCACCCUGCUCCUGCGUUCCAGCCCAGAUUUAGGCCUUCAGUUAAGUUACAAUCAACGGAACGUCCCACGGAUCUUCUGGCACAAUUAAAGCGGUCUCAAAGCAGCGCAUCCCAGAUCAAACGCCAGGAGAGUUCUAAACCGUUCCCCGAUCAGAACAUGAAUUACCUUCAAACUCCAGAGGGUGGCCAAGCUUUGAGAUUGAGAGACAGUAUCAAAGGACAAAGACCUCUACCGGCUGGUGGUCGGCCAAAACCAAAGUUGAAACAAAUCAAUGCCAGGCCCAAAGUUCGAGCCUUGUACGAGUAUAAAGCUCAGGAUGUGGAUGAAAUUGAUAUCUCGAUUGGAGAAGAGUUUGAUUUAGUCGAAGAAGAUGAAUCCGGUUGGUGGAGGGGCAUCAAUAACAUGGGUCAAGAAGGUUUCUUUCCGGGAACUUACGUAACUAGAGUUUAAAAUAGCAAUCUAAUGUGUGUUGCAUUGAUUUCUAAUUUUCGAGAUAAUUCGAAUCAUGAAUGAAUGAAUAUCUGCUGAUAAAAUAUGAAAUACAAUCCUUAAUGUGCCAGUA